AUGCCCAACCAGCCUGCCCAACAGCCCAUUCCAACUCUGCCCUCCAGCCCACCAAACUGUUUGCCUGCCAGCCCACAGUGUGAUGGGCACCAUCCCCAUAUGCCACCAGCACCACCGUCACUGUUGCCUCUCCCACUGCUGACACAUGAAGGCAUCAAAUCCAACAGAGGAGGAGAUAACAAUGUAUUUGCAAUGUUUCCUAGUGCGAAAGAAUGGGACUUGUUCGUGGGUCUCAAGAAACAGGUACAUAUGAGUGUACUCCAGGAGCCUAUUAUUGUGGUACUGCCCUUGAGAUUGCAAGGUGGAGUUGGAGGUGUAGUUAUUGUCAAUGGUGGUGUUGGUUGUGCUGGUGCUGUUUGUGCUGGUGUUGUCAGUACUGGUAGUGCUGGAGGUGCUGGUGAUGGACAAGGCACUAGGUUUCAUAGUAGUGCAGACGAUGGCAGGCAGGCGGGCAGCAGGCGGUGCCUCAGACGGCACGACGGCAGCCCUCGGCGCUGCUCGCUGCCCGCCUCGGCCGGCCGCCGCUGUAUCAAUGUUGUUGCUGGCGCCGCGGCGUCUGCUGAAGGCCGCCGCACGGAGCCGAGCCGGGCCGCGCUGUGUGUAUUCAGCUCACGCCCCGGCUCGGCGCGGCCCGCGCAGGUGUCGCCUGAGCCGCCGGCUGUUUGCGAAAUUAGCUACGUAAACCCCUCACGUGCUCAUCCAAUUACAAAAGGCAGCCGCGUGCAAAUUGAACUCGGCGCCGCCGCGCGAAUAUUCUCUUUGUGGCAAAGGCGGCACGCCCCGGUCCCGCCGCCACGGCCCCCAGCUACACCCCCGCCUCUGCCCGGCGGGCCAGGCCCGCUCCUUUCCCUUCAGGCGGGUGAAGGAAGGACGAGGACCACACGACACCCACCCACGCCUUCACCCCCUCCUCCACCUACACCACCGGCGUCCGUCCACGCGGCCUCUUGCCACUCUGGAUACAAAAGUAAAAUAUUAAGCAAAAAUGAAGGUUAUAUUACAUGA